AUGGCGACGAAGGCGCUGAAGGACCCGGCCCAGGGCCAUGUGACCUUUGAGGAUGUGGCUGUGCGCUUCUCCCAAGAGGAGUGGGGUCUCCUUGAUGAUGCCCAGAGAUGCCUGUACCAAGAUGUGAUGUUGGAGAACUGGUCACUUACAGCCUCCCUGGGUUGUUGGUAUGGAGUGAAACCUGAGGAGGCCUCUUCUGAGCAAUGUGCUUCUGUGGAAAGAGUGUCGCAGACCAGGACUCCAAAGGCAGUCCCAUCUAUCUCAAAGACUCAUUCCUGCAAUAUGUGUGUCUUGGUGGAGAAAGACAUUUUGUACCUGGCUGAGCACCAAGGAGUGCAACCUGGGCCAAAACCAUACACUACUGGGGCUCGGAGGAAAUUGUUCUCAUUCAGUUCAUACCUACACCAGCAGCAGAAGCAGCACAGUGGAGAGAAAUGCAUCAGAAGGGAGGAGGAGAACAAGUCCCCCUAUGUGGACAGCUGCAAAAUCCUUGUGUCAGACAGUAGCUUCACAUGUGGAGAGGUUGAAAAGAAUUUCUUGGGUAACCUGGCCUUUCUCCAGCAUAAGGCCACCCAGAGUGGAAAGCAACCACAUAGAAGCAGGGAGAACAGGGAGGCCUCUCACACUCAGCAAGGGCAUUACAAAUGCAGUGAAUGUGGGCAGGACUUCAAGGAAAAUGUUAAAUUCAUGGAGCACCAGAGAGUUCACACUGUAGAAAAACCUUAUGAAUGCAGUGAAUGUGGGAAAGCCUUCACACGCAAACAUAGUCUUGUUGAGCACCAGAGAAUCCACACUGGAGAAAAGCCUUAUGCGUGUAGCAAAUGUGGAAGGUUAUUUUCACGCUGGUCCACCCUAAUUAUACAUCAGAAAGUUCACACUGGAGAAAGGCCUUAUGUGUGCAGUGAAUGUAGGAAAGCCUUCACCCGCAAACACCAUCUUGUUGUACACCAGAGAGUACACACUGGAGAAAAGCCUUAUGAGUGUAAUGCAUGUGGGACAUCAUUUACAGUCAGUUCUGACCUCAUUAAGCACCAGAAACUUCACACUAGAGAAAGGCCUUGUGAGUGCAGUCAAUGUGGAAAGUCCUUCACCUGCAAAAAAAUGCUUCUUGAGCACCAGAGAAUCCACACGGAAGAAAAGCCUUAUGAGUGUAACAAAUGUGGGAGGUUGUUUACACGCAGCUGGCAACUCUUUAAACACCAGAAAGUUCACACUGGAGAAAGGCCUCAUCAGUGCAGUGAAUGUGGGAAAGCCUUCAUCCACAAAGAUCAUCUUCUUGAGCACCAGAGAAUCCACACUGGAGAAAAGCCUUAUGAGUGUAAUGAAUGUGGGAAAUCCUUUAGACACAGUUCUAGUCUUGUUUAUCACUGGAAAGUUCACACUGGAGAAAGACCUUAUGAGUGCAGUGGAUGUUGGAAAUCCUUCAUCAAGAAAAGUCAACUUUUCAAGCAUCAGAGAAUCCACACUGGAGAAAAGGAUUAUGCACAAAGGCCUUAUGAGUGCAGUGAAUGUGGGAAGACCUUCAUCCUGAAAGGGAAAUUUCUUGAGCACCAGAGAAUACACACUGGACAAAAACCCUGUGAAUGUGAUGAGUGUGGGAAAACCUUGAGCUGCAAGGAUAAACUUGUUCAGCACCAAAAACUCCACACUUAG